UACUCGUGAUAACUGUCUCUGCCGAGGUACCACCCUUGGGUCCCCCCUCGUACCGCCCAAACAUCCCGCAAGGCUGCCAUACCAGUGCGCCUCCAGGACAGGACAGAGGAGCUGGGAUUUUCAUUUGUCAGGAUGGGCCUCUUGUUGCUGCUGACCUCUGUGCUCUUUUACAGCUAUAUGGGGUCAAUGACAGGAGUGGAUGCUCAGAGCAGGUUCACCAUCCGCUCCAUCUCUCUGUCUCUGGAGCCCGGUGAGAACGUGACCCGGGACACUAAGGUGACAGUGCGGUGCAGCGCGGUGGUGAGCAGUUCAGGAGUCCAGCCUCUGAGCAGAGAGUACACCAUCUACAAAGACGGCAUCGUGGUCUACUCCAAAACCACCAGCAGCACAGAGGACCUGCUGUACGUCCUAUCCCACGCCCGGGUCUCCUAUACGGGCAAAUACAAGUGCAAGAUCAGCAUCGAGGGCAAGAGCCAGAGCAGUGAGGCCCGCAGGCUCACAGUCACAGGCUUGUCCCCUCCGGUCCUGCAAAUUGAUCAGACCAUGCUGAGUGAAGGGGAGGAGCUCCAGGCCACCUGCACAGCUCCUGGAGAAACUGGGUCUAUUAUAUUUUACUUUUAUGAAGACCUUAAAGAGAAGCGAGAAGAACGUGUGAACACAGACCAAGUGAAGGUGGCAUUCCCCCUCAGCGGCCCAGGACACCACACCAUACAGUGCUCAUACACGGUCCUCAUCCCCCCAGACUCCAUCGUCUCAGAGAAUAGCCACUCUGUGCAUGUCUCUGUCAGAGAGCUGUCCAUUGUGCCCGUACUGGAAAUCUCCCCUCAGUACAAAGUGUAUGAGGGGGACCAGCUCAGCAUGUCCUGUGGAGUUCGAGACAUUUAUCAUCAUUUUGACUCAGUGCUUGUGUAUCUGAGUCAGGGCAUGAAUAUGCUGAAGAGUGGACAGACAAAAGUGAACCACACCAUGACAGUUCUGGCCAAAGACGAGGCAGAGUUUGAGUGUCGCUUAGAGGCAGGAAAAGUGGUGAAGGCUGUGACCAAGGUUGUCCCUGUCACUGAGCUGUUUUCAGUGCCCACUCUGACCAUGAAUCCAGAGGAGGUUUUCCAAAAAGAAUUAAUGAAACUCAUUUGUAAAAGUGAUGAGAUUGCGUCCGAGCGAUUGUCCAGUGAAGACCUGACGUACGCCAUCGACCCUCCUCAGAUGCACCUGGAGGAGAAGAAGAGAGGAGAGUUCUCUGGAAAAGCUUUAGCCGUGGAGUUCAACUACAGCUGUAUCGCCAGGGCCAAGGGCAUCUUGAAGCACAGCAGAACACUCACUGUUCGCCCAAAAGUGGCUGUAUCCAUCCCUAAGAUCUCCGUUGUGGAUAGGGCUAUUAUUGGCAAACCCUUUAAGAUUCGCUGUAAGUCGGAUAACGGCAGCCUGCCCAUAAACUACACCCUGAUUUCUGACUACAAACAAGUUUCCAUGGUGACAGUGAGCAUCCCAUCUGAGGAGGCUUUGUUCAACGUGACGGUGAACAAACCUAAAGACAUCCGCAAGUUCUUCUGUGAGGCACGUAACGGCCAACAACAGUCCCAGCUCAGCCGCAGUCUGGAUGCUACGGUCAUAGAGCCUGUGUCUCAGCCACUGUUGACAGUCAUUCCUUCCCCAUCUGAGACGACAGAGGGCUCAAACCUCAUCUUCAUCUGCAGCAUUAGAGGCACGCCCCCGGUUACCUUUAAAGUCUAUCGCUAUGGUAAGGACGAGCCGGUGUUCACCAGAACUUCUGCUGAAAACAACACCAACUUUGAGUUUCCCAAGCUGGCCAAGGAUGACAGCGGGAUAUACUACUUUGAAGCAUUCAACCAUGCCAACAACAUCGUCAUCAGUGACCCAGUCAACAUACAGGUGCGUUUAGCAAUGUGGAAGAAGAUAGUGAUCGGGAGCUUCUGUCUGCUGGCCCUGUGUGUCCUGGUGGUGGUCUGUGUUCUCUGCUACAAAACUCACAGAGGUAAAAAGGAAGGAGCCUCUGAACUGUCAGUAAAGCCUGCAUACCCUAAAUCAGAUGAGACUUUAACAAUGAAUCUAACCCACGAAACUCCAGUUUAUGACAUGCCCACAGACGCAGUGCCAGGCUAUGAAGGCAUAGAGGGGGGAGUGACCAAUGGGACGAGAGCUAGCGUGACGGCUCUACCUGCUAACACAAGCUACAGUGUGUCUGCUGCAGUUUAGAGACAGCUCACAAAAAGAUGGCUCUGAACUUUAUUUUGUAAAUGACUGAGAACUAAAUGGGAAGGACCACAGCGACUGGACUCUUCUUGGCUUUUGGACUCAGAAGAGGCGUGUUGUAAACCAAAAUGACCUGUUGUUCCCUCUCCCCUCCGCAGGCUUCUUUUAUAUAUUACUUUUUAAAUGCUUUGUCCUGUAUUUCUGACUGUUCUGUUUUCUGUACUCCAUGUUCUGCUCACAUUUUACAAGCGGGAAAAUGUUCCAAAAGACUAGAUCAUGCUUUCCUAGGUCUCUGCUGUAUUAUAAUUUAUGCACUAUUUAUUUUUUUAUUUGUUUUACUUCUGAUGAGAGUUCACACUUACUUCACUGUAACUGGAUCAGUCCAUAUGUCAGUCACUUAAAGUAUGACAGAGGGUGACCAAUAGAAUGGUCAAUAAUAUAGAGAUGUUAUUGCUUUGUCUUGAAUGUUUCAUAGUAAGACUUUAAACAUAUCUAGCUCGACAAAGACAAGCAGGUGACAUCAUCAGACCUAGUUACUUCUGUGGAAUGUUUAAUGCCAUACUGUGGAAGAUUCCAGGCAAAGCAAUCCUUGGAGAAAAGCUCCCCACCAGAAAGGUUAUAUAGUGCACCUGUAAUUCACACGUAUAGUUAUUUAAAUGCAAUGUUGGUUAUUUAUUUAUUUUCCCUGGCUAUCCUAAAUAGUCUUUCACUCACCACUUGACCAAAAACUGUAUCAGACAUGAAUGCAGGGUCCAUAGUGGCAGUGUCGGGAUGCAGAAAAUACUCUUUGAAUUUGCACAAUUAUGUCUUGUUAGUUCCAAUACAGCCUUAAUCUGAUUUUUACAAAAAGUCUGGCACAGUUAUAAUCAUUGUUCAAAUAUUUUGUUGUAUAGUACUUUUUACAAGAAGUAUUUGUAUAUAUUUUGCUUUAUUCCACAGGUAAAAGAGGCAAAUAAAUCUUUAAUUUUU